AUGAACACUGUUCUCGCCCUCAAAUCCCUACUGCGAACCCUACCAAAACUCACUUCGCCAGAGAACCAUCCACCAAUCACGAUAUCCACAUCACAAUUCCUGGGCAUCACUGCCCUACCUGUCGAACUCUGGAGUUUGGUUGUCGAGUACACAGUCCUACACCGCAUCGGCCAAAACGCUCCACCAUUCAACGAAUGCACAGCAGCGCUAGAAUUGCGGCUUGCAUAUUCAGCAAAGAGGUGCUACACGCCUUACACACUCACAUAUUAA